GUAAAGUGGUGCGGACGUGUUUGACAGUUAUUCAAAAAUGGGGCCGUGAAGUCGGUAAGACUGACCGCUUCUGAGUCAAAUCCUCUCUGAAAGUCAUCCCCGCAGAUUUAUAUCAUCAUAUAUUUGUUGUGUUAUUUUUCUCACGUGUUCAUAAUGGGAAAAAACACGAAUGAAUGAGCACGAGGAGCAGAAAGCAGGCAGUUUCAAGCAGGCAAUGAACGUGGCUGACCAAAGAGACGGACAAAGAGAUGAAGCUACCCAGCAGCAUAUAAAUGACGAGCAGCUCCUGCUACAACCACCCAAAGGACGAAGAAGACUGUGCGGAGUGAGUCAUCUUGCCAACACACGAUCUUUGGCGCUAGCUAAAGUGCUAACACGCGACAAGUGGAGCGCGAGCAGCGCCGUUCCUCGCUCCGGUAUGAUGCCAGGUGACAGCAACAUGACCUCCAUCGUUCAGAGGAUAGCUCGGCAGGCUCUCGCCACCUUCAGGAGCCCCCCCCGGGCCGGCGAGGAGGCCGCUAAAUCUUUCCUGGAGCACCAGAGCAAACUAAGGAGCUUGAUGACGGAAGUGCGAGCGGCGGACCUGAAGCUCGUCCCGCGGAGAGCCGACGACAGCUCGCCCGUACUCCCGUACCAGCACCACGGCGGGCCCCCGGUCACCUACAUGCACAUCUGCGAGACGGACCAGUUCAGCAUGGGGGUAUUUCUGCUGAAAAGCGGUGCCUCCAUCCCGUUGCACGACCACCCGGGGAUGCACGGCAUUCUCAAAGUCAUGUACGGCAAGGUCAGGAUCAGCUGCUUCGACAGGCUGGAGCGGCCGGGCGGCAGCACGCAGGCGGCCGCGCCUCCGCCGCUCCCCCCGGCGCAGGUGGGCGCUCUGCGGCGCUCCUUGCUCCGCUCCACCGAGGAGUACACGGAGGAGAGCGGCCCGUGCGUGCUCUCCCCUGACCGGGACAACCUCCACCAGAUCGACGCCGUGGACGGACCCACGGCGUUCAUGGACAUCCUGGCCCCGCCGUACGACCCGGACGACGACAGAGACUGUCACUACUACAAAGUGCUGACAGAAGCGCAGGUUACCAUCACAGAGAAGGACCAGGAGGUCUGGCUCAUGGAGAUCUCGCAGCCUCCGGAUUUCUGGUGCGGAGCGGAACCGUACCCGGGCCCGGAGGUCUGCUUCUGAGACCUGCAGUCCCAACAUGUCUUCUUUUGUCGGGCUGGUUAUGCACCCUGUGUGGCACAAGGCCGAACUGUUAGUGAACAGGCGGGUCAGAAUGUAAGUGUGCAGAGUAUCUGGUCCUGUAAGUAAUGUUUUCAUGCACAAAUGUCAGAAAAUGCCUUAAAAAAUGGAGAUUUCCCUCCUUUCUCUGUUUUAUAUCGUAUAAAGUGAAUAUCUUUGACAUUUAAAGACGUCACCUUGGACCUUGAGAAACUGGGAUGCACAUUUUUCACUAUUUUCUGGCAUUUUAUACACCAAACGAUGAAUCCUGAACAUAUUAGUUUCGGCCCCAUGCAGCCCCCGGGCGACUCCAUAGUUGUGUUUUGUAAACCGUUUUCUAAAGGUUGAAAUAUAAUAAGUUGAAGGAGAAACAUUGGAGCCCUGAGGCCAGUUCCUCCUGUGAUCCCAACCUCUCUGAGUCUCCAGGAAAACAGCUGGUGGAGUAAUCUGACUACUUUUACCUUUAAUGCACUUCCUGGUUUCCUGUAUUCUAAAUGUCAGAGGUAACUUCCCCCACAAAGUGAUUGUGUGAUGCAUUAGGCUUUAAUUCUAAUCUCUAGAGAAGACAUUUGAGUUCAGGCUGCAGGUGUUGAUCACAUGCACUUGGAUUCAGUUUAAUUAAAGGUGGUGUUAUAUAAACCAGGAUGGAAGAACAUCAUCAUGUGAAGGGGAAGAAACUCAAAAGCACCAAAACUGGAGCCGUAAAAGCUCAAAGUCGAGCCUGUGAGGUAUUUUCUGCCUGCGAGAUGCCAAGAAAUGAUGACAUUGAUGCAGGGUGCUAAUGCUGCGUUCAGGGGAAACUCAGGAAGUCUGCUUCUGCUGCUUGGUCAAAUACACAUUUCAGCUUUCAGUAGUGCAUGAAGGACAUGCUGGUGGUAAAAGACGAAGCUAAUAUUUAUUUAAAAUGUGCAGGUGUACUAACCGUUGCAUGGCAUGCAUUCUUUCCACACGGCAGCACUGAAACCAUAAUAAUCCACUUUCUGGGAAUUACCUUGAACGCAGCAUUAUAAACAACCUGAGCGAGUCUGUCUGGACCUCAGAGGGACUUUGGGUUUUCUUUAAUCGUCUUCCUGCUUCUGGCUUUGUGGCGUUUUGAUCCAGAACCAUCUGUUUAAAGAGUGAAACAUGUGAAACUGCAGCUUACACACUUAACAUUCAUUCUUUGUUUCUUUCACUACAUGUGAGGAGACUCGUCCCUGUCAAACAUGUGCUGUUUGUAAUGAAGUUUAAAGUGGGAGGCGUUCCAGCUCAGGAGCAAAUGGAAGAGAGUAAUUCCUCACAGGGAAGUGAUGUUCCUUAAACACGACGCUUGUUCUGGAACUCGUUCUGGAGAACGUGUUUAGAACGAUGCAUUUCAGACGACUUUUAGUUCAAUCUACGUCAUAAUGUGUUAUAAAAACUUGAGUUUCUGCAACGUUUAGAUUUAACAGCAGAGGAAGAAUCGUGCGGUCGUAUCUGUGGGGUGAAGAACUGAUCAGCUGAUGCUUCCUCCACAGCUCCUGACAGCCGCAGUCUCCUGUUAAAUGAUCAGUAUCCUGUGUUUCUGCCUGUAAUGAAUAUUAAAAUGUGUUUAUUUUGCCUAAA